GUUGCAAAAACCUGUUUCCGGAUAAUUACAACUUAUUUGCAAGUCCUAAAUUAAUAAAUUCAUAUAUACACAAUACAUUUGUUAAAGGCUUUAUGCGAUGCAAAAAUGAUUUUUAUUUUGAGAAUUAACAUUAAAAUUCUCCUACUUUGCAUUCAAAUAAUUUUGCAACGACAAAAAUUGUUUGUCACGUCACAGUCAAUACAAAAUGUCAAUGUUUUAUUCAUAAAUGAACUAGAUAAUGUUGUGGCAUCCAAGGCUAUGGGUAGUGUUCAGGCUUACCUCAAGAAAAAUUCGAAUUACGGUUUGUCAUUGCGAUUUGACAAGAUUGAAGCAAACAACAUAGACGCCAAGGCUCUACUGGAAUCAAUUUGCAUUAAAUACGCCGAUAGUAUUGACAACAACCAACCACCACAUGUAGUAUUCGAUGCCACAAAAUCCGGAGUAGCAUCGGAUACGGUCAAAUCGUUUGCUUCGGCUUUAGGCUUACCAACUGUUAGUGCAUCCUACGGCCAAGAUGGUGAUCUCAGGCCUUGGCGUGACAUGGAUGAGAGCAAACAGAAUUACCUGCUGCAAGUUAUGCCACCAGCCGAUAUUAUUCCUGAAGUUGUCCGCAGUAUUGUUCGCAAUGUGAAUAUCACCAAUGCAGCCAUUUUAUACGAUGGAACAUUUAUGAUGGACCACAAAUACAAGUCACUUCUGCAAAACAUACAGACGCGCCAUGUUAUCACAGCUGUGGCCGAUGGGGACAUUGCUCGAGCAGAUCAAAUUAAACGUUUGCGAAAUUUGGACAUAAAUAACUAUUUCAUUUUGGGAAGUUUGAAAACUAUAACGCAAAUAUUAGAAUCUUUGAAACCGGCCUAUUUCGACCGCAAGUUUGCUUGGCACGCCAUAACUCAAAAUGAAGGCCAGCUCAGACCCAAUGCAGAACAUGCAACCAUAAUGUUUUUAAAACCCGUUGUGUAUCCAAAAAAUCAAGCACGUUUGGAACAACUCAAGACCAAUUACAGCUUAAAUGAAGAACCGGCAAUUAUGUCAGCAUUCUACUUCGAUUUGGCUCUUAGAACAUUCUUGGCCAUUAAGACAAUGUUACAAUCUGGAGCCUGGCCUACAAAAAUGGAAUAUUUGCGUUGCGAUGAUUUCCAAGGAGCAAACACGCCAGAAAGAAAUAUUAAUUUAAAACAAGCAUUUCUACAAGUUUCCGAACCCACAUCUUAUGGAGAUUUUGAGUUGGCAUCCCACCAAGGAAAGCCAUUCAAUGGCUACAGCUUUAUGAAUUUUGAAAUGGAUAUACGUGUUGUACAAAUUCGUAGUGGCAAUUCAGAUAAUAGCAAACCCAUUGGAACUUGGAAAGCUAGUUUGAACUCCCCACUUGUGAUCAGCGAUAAAAAAUCCAUGGAAAAUGUAACUGCUGCUAUUGUUUAUAGAAUCUCCACUAUUGUCCAAGCUCCUUUCAUAAUGAGAGAUGAAACAGCACCUAAAGGCUUCAAAGGCUAUUGUAUUGAUCUGAUCGACGAAAUUGCCAGUAUUGUAAAUUUCGAGUAUACCAUUGAAGAGGUAGAGGAUGGCAACUUUGGAAACAUGAAUGAUAAUGAAGAAUGGGAUGGUGUUAUUAAACAACUAAUAGACAAGAAAGCAGAUAUCGGUUUGGGCUCAAUAUCGGUUAUGGCUGAACGAGAAAAUGUAAUCGACUUUACAGUGCCCUAUUACGAUCUGGUUGGUAUAGGAAUAAUGAUGCUAAAGCCAAGUGCACCCAGCUCUCUGUUCAAGUUCCUGACCGUGCUAGAGACAAAUGUUUGGCUGUGUAUAAUGGCUGCGUAUUUUUUUACCAGCUUUCUGAUGUGGAUCUUUGAUCGCUGGAGCCCCUACAGUUAUCAAAAUAAUAAAGAAAAAUAUAAGGACGAUGAUGAAAAACGAGAAUUUAACCUAAAAGAAUGCCUCUGGUUUUGUAUGACGUCGCUAACACCUCAAGGUGGCGGCGAGGCGCCGAAAAAUCUAUCUGGACGUUUGGUAGCUGCAACUUGGUGGUUAUUUGGUUUCAUUAUAAUUGCUUCGUAUACGGCUAACUUAGCUGCUUUCUUGACCGUAUCCCGCUUGGACACACCCGUUGAGUCCUUGGAUGAUUUAUCGAAACAAUACAAAAUUUUAUAUGCCCCCCUAAAUGGUUCCUCGUCAAUGGUCUUCUUCGAACGCAUGGCCAAUAUUGAACAAAAGUUCUAUGAAAUCUGGAAAGAUCUUUCCCUAAAUGAUUCUCUCACUCCUUUGGAAAGAUCCAAAUUAGCCGUAUGGGAUUAUCCAGUCAGUGACAAAUACACGAAAAUGUGGCAAGCUAUGCAGGAAACAAAAUUGCCUGCAACCUUAGAUGAAGCACUGGCGCGAGUUCGAAAUUCAACCACAGCAACAGGAUUUGCUUUUCUAGGUGAUGCCACCGAUAUUCGUUAUCUUGUUAUGACCAACUGCGACCUACAAAUGGUGGGAGAAGAGUUUUCACGAAAACCAUAUGCCAUUGCUGUGCAACAAGGCUCCCAUCUCAAAGAUCAAUUCAAUAAUGCCAUUUUAACGUUGCUAAACAAAAGGCAAUUGGAAAAAAUCAAGGACAAAUGGUGGAAACAUGACGAUAUAGAGGACAAAUGCCAUAAAUCUGAAAACCAGUCAGAUGGUAUUUCCAUUGAAAAUAUCGGAGGCGUAUUUAUAGUGAUUUUCGUUGGGAUUGGAAUGGCUUGCAUAACACUGGUAUUUGAGUACUGGUGGUACAAAUGGCGCAAAAAUCCUCGUAUUAUAGAUGUAGCAGAAGCAAAGUCUACUCCUCUCGGAAAAGAUAUGAAAUUAGCCGAACACAUCAUAUUAGGCCAGACCGGAAAAGAAUACGAAGAUCCAAAAAACAUGUUACGCCCACGCUUUAACAAGAAUCCAGUCAAUUUUAAACCAAGGUUCUAAGUGACCAUGCAAAAUAUUUACUGAAUUGUUUCCUAUAAUAUUUAAAUCCUUAACGAGCACCUUGCAUAAAAUAAAUGCUACAGAAAUAAAUCACAAAGAAGUGCGAUCAAAAUUGUAUUCAAAAAGGUUAAAAUACUAAA